UUGGAGACAGACUGCAGAUGGAUAAACAGACCGGAUCUCUCAGUAUCACGAACACCAAAAGCACAGACUCCGGAGUUUAUCACAUAAAAAUCAGCAGCAGAAAUAAAGUCUCAUACAAGAAGUUUAGAGUUACAGUAUGGUUGGACACAGUUAAAGUGAGAGCGGGAGACUCGGUCACUCUAAACACUGGGAUGACUGAACUAGAGGAGGACAGUAAGAUACUGUGGACACAUGGAGAUCACGAAACCUGCAUUGCUAAAAUCAACAGAGCCACCAAUAAGACGUCAUUGUAUCGUGGUAAUGAUGUGAGAUUCAGAGACAGACUGCAGCUGGAUCACCAGACCGGAUCUCUGAGCAUCUGGAACAUCAGCAUCACACAUUCAGAUGUCUAUAAACUACAGAUCAGCAGCCGCACACGGAGCAAAUGCAAAAGAUUUGUGCUUAUUGUCAAUGAAAACACUGUGUCAGUGACGGAGGGAGACCGAGCUGAACUAAACACUGAUGUUAGUGAGCUACACAGAGACUCUCUGAUCCUGUGGAUGUUCGGCCCCAGAGACCGUCUCAUAGCUAAAGCUGACCUGGAGAACCGUAAGAUAUCUACAUAUGAUGGUGUUGGUGGACGAUUCAGAGACAGACUGCAGCUGGACCUUCAGACCGGAUCUCUGAGCAUCACAAGCACCACGAACACAGACUCUGGACUUUAUAAACUCAAGAUCAUCAGCAGCAGAGAGACCAGAUACAAGCGAUUCAGAGUUACUGUCUGUGAGGACAGAGAGAGAGAGAUCCAUCCAGAAGACACUGUGGAGUCCACUCAGAGAGAGAAAACAGAGGAGAUACCAUUGCUCAAGAUCUAUAGUGGCACUAGUGUUUGACAGAUAUAUAUAAUUUUAUCAGAAAUGGAACUAAAUCUAAUUGUUAAAAAUAAAAACUCUGCUUUCAAGCUCCUCAAUCUGUUGUUUUCUUCAGGUGAAGGAGUUUUUCAUAGAAAUAACCUCAUCUCAUGUAUUCAUUUCUCUCCAUUGCGUUUCUAAGGAAAGAUUGCGAUCAAAUAGCAC